CAUCAUGGAUAUCUGCGAGUCGAUCCUGGAGAGGAAACGGCACGACAGCGAAAGGUCCACAUGCAGCAUCCUGGAGCAGACGACAUCGAGGCUGUGGAAGCUCUUCGUUUGCAUGAGUUCUUGGGGCCAGAGGUCCCAGAUGACCCUCACACCUGUCUCUGAUUCUGGUGACGUCCCCACCGCUGUGCUGAUGGACACAGCUGCACCCGAUCUACCAAAGGACUUCCAUUCUUUUUCACUCUGGUAAGAGGAGUGUAUAACUCCGCCUCAGGACCCAGAACUCAUGGAGCCAUCCACAGGGGGGGCCCCUGUUCCGUCCCAGUCUAAUUCCAAAGGAUGCAUGGUCACCUCCCUCCCCCGUUCCCCGACUGUGGCCAGCAGAGCACCAAGCAGGAGAGAACCACCGGAGCCCCCCUCUGGGUCCUCCUGCAGGGCUGUGAUGACCAGUGUAAUCCGGCACACUGGGGAGAGUCCUGCGUUUCCGACCGCCCCGACUCAAGAGCCACAGCUGUCCGGCAGCAGAGAAGGACAAGCAGGGCUGCCGGACCAUCGUGAAGCUUUGCAGGACGCGCGCUCGGCAGACGGUUUACUUGUUACUAACUCAGUUUCCUGUCAGCCUUGCUUGCACAAGUCUGGUGUCCCGUUCCACACCUACCAAGGCCAGCAGACAGGAUGGCCGGCUGCCAUUCAGACGUGCUUACCAAAGAAUUCUGAAAGUGACUUGUCAAGGAAAACCACCCCUCUGAUUUCUGUCCCUGUCUCCAUUCCCCCCUGUCCUUUGCCAAUGAUACCCCGUGCUGCACAAAACGGCAUGUUCUCAGCUUUUUUGAAGCCUCCUCCCCAGUUGUCUGCAGGGAUUGUCAAGCCCAUCCUACCCCAAGCUGCUGCGGUGCCCCAGCCUGUGUUCAUGGGCCCAUCUAUGCCUCAGGGAACUGUGAUGUUAGUCUUUGCCACAGAGCACCUUCCCCAGCCUGCUACCCCUGCCCAUCCAGUGUCCAUGGCCAUCGGAAAUACCAGUAUUGCCCUUGCCCCUGCGCCAAUGUUCAUUGCCUCCAGCCAGAACUGUGCCCCUCAGGUAUACUUUUCCCGAAGGAACUAUGUCUGUAACUUCCCAGGUUGCCGGAAGACCUACUUCAAAAGUUCCCACCUCAAGAGGCGUCAUCUUCGCACCCACACAGGGGAGAAGCCCUUUACCUGCAGCUGGGACGGCUGUGACAAGAAGUUCGCAAGGUCAGACGAACUGUCUCGCCACCGCAGAACCCACACAGGGGAGAAGAAGUUUGUGUGUCCUGUGUGUGAGCGGCGUUUCAUGCGGAGCGACCACCUGACAAAGCACGCCCGGCGCCACAUGACCACCAAGAAGAUCCCAGGCUGGCAGGCAGAGGUGGGCAAGCUGAACAGAAUCGCCUUGUCGGAGAGCCCAAGGAGCAUCCUCGAGCCCUUGCCGGCCUCGGGCUGAGAAAGUCCGUGCUGCCCAUCACCUGUGGGCUUCUUCAAACGCCUCUUCAGGAAUGGGGAAUGGGACCUGUGUGUCCCUCCCAAAAAACAAAAAACAAAACAAACAAACAAAAAAUACGGUCUCUGGGCUGUUGAAGGGGGAGCUGGUUCUGAUGGAAGUACAUUAACUUUACUUUCCUGGCUGGGCCCUGUUCGGUCUCUGGUAGCGUCCAUGCUAGCUCCCCGUCUUGCUCUGUCUAUCUCUGUCGCUCUGUCUGUCUCUCCCUCUCUCUUUCUUUUGUGAGGAAAUGGAAGAAAAUUUGAUCUAAAUCACCAGCAUUCAAGCAACUAUUUCGGCAAUAAAGUUUACAGAGUCUGGGUUUUUUUUUUUUUUUAAUCUUUCUAUUCUGUGUUUUGUAGAAAUGAGACAGGGUACUAAUUUUUGUACUUUUUUAUAAAAAUAUUUAUACUAUGCUUGAAUCACCAAUUUCUGGAUAGACAGUUUACUGCCUUCUUUUUUCCAUGUUUUAUAUCACAGUUUUGUAAUGACCCUGCUUAAAUACUCUUGGUAGUUAGUCAAAAAAAAAUCAAAAUCACAAGUUUGUUACCAGCCUUUUUAUAGCAAAUGUUUUAGAUCAGAACUGGUUUAAUAAAGAGCUCUUGUAUACAUAAUAAAUAAAUUAAAAAAUAGCUCUUAAAGGGGAAAAAUAA